CAUACCUCGCCCGAAAUUAAUACCUCGCAGCUAUGGCUCGAGUUCCUCUUAGCAAAAUUGUUGGUGCAAUCCUGGGAGGCUGGAGAGAGGAUCUCGCCAGAGUAGCUCUCACGCUCUCCAUACCACUGCUUCUAACCCUGUGGUUAUAUACACUACUGAGACACAAAACUUGGAAGGGAACUUUCCCUCUGCCGCCGGGCCCUCGAGGUCUGCCGCUGGUUGGGAACCUUCCAUUCCUGCGUCCCAACCUGCAUCGGUGCUUCUCCGAGUAUGCUCGGACUUACGGACCCAUCUUUAACCUUCGCUUAGGCAACAAGCUGUUUAUUGUUGUGAGCUCACCAUCGAUAGCAAAGGAAGUCUAUAAGGAGAACGACAUCAUCUUCUCCAAUCACGACCAGCCCAUUGCAGCAGGAGUCGUAUCAUACAAUGGCUCGAACUUGGUGAGAUGCCCCUACGGUCCAACUUGGCGCAUGCUUCGACGAGUAUUCGUCAACGAGCUUCUCAAUAGCAGGAGCCUCGAUGCGUGUUAUGGCCUAAGGCGACGGGUGGUUCGUCGAAUGGCGCGCGACCUGUACUCGAAGAAUGGCGCGGCCAUUGAUGUGGGAGAGGCAGCAUUCGCCACCACUCUAAAUUUGCUAGCGAGCAUGCUUUGGGGUGGGGAGCUUUGGUGGGAAACCAUCGGCACCGAGUUCCGCCGAGCAGUGGUUGAGACUGUGGAGCUAAUGGGGAGGCGCAAUAUUUCGGACUUCUUUCCGUUUCUGGCACGGUUUGAUCUGCAAGGCGUCGAACGUGAGAUCAAGGAGCGGGUGUCAUGGUUGGACCGGGUUUACGAAGCCUUGAUCGAGGAAAGAGCGAGAUUGGAUGGUGCAGAAGAGGAAGAGGGUGGUGAGAAGGGAGAAGAACGCAAGGAUCUCUUAUCGAUCCUUUUGAGGAUUAGGAACGACGGAGAUGCUGCUGAAGUGCCGUUGACGGAUGCCAACCUCAAGGGACUGAUCAUGGACCUCAUGGUCGGAGGCACAAACACUAUCUCCACCACAGUGGAGUGGAUCAUGGCCGAGCUGAUGCACCGCCCCGACAUCGACCAGAGAGCCCGGCAGGAACUCGCCGCCGUGGUCGGCGGCCCCGACACGGCCGUCGAGGAGUCCCACAUCCCCAGGCUCAAGUAUCUACGAGCGGUGAUCAAAGAAGUCCUGCGGCUCCACCCGGUGGUCCCGCUUCUGGUCCCCCGCGUCCCGUCCGAGCCCUGCGUCCUUAGCGGCGGGUACCUCAUCCCCGCGGGGGCCCGCGUGGUGACCAACGUCUGGGCCAUCCACACCGACCCGGGGCUCUGGGACUCCCCCGCCGAGUUCCGGCCAGAGAGGUUCUUAAAUGAAGGCAGCGGUGCCGAGUUCCGUUACUUUCCAUUCGGGGCGGGCUUGAGGCGGUGCGCGGGGCUGCCGCUGGUGGAGAGGAUGCUGCCGCUGGUGGUGGCGACGCUGCUGCACGCCUUCGAGUGGAGGGUACCGGAGGGCGUGGAGUUGGAUCUGUGCGAGAGGCCAAGAAUUACUCUCACCAAAGAGAGGCCGGUGUUGGCUAUUCCUAUUCCCAGGUUUUCUAAUCCGGAUAUCUAUGGCUAAUACAAGGGCGUUCUCUAACCAUAUAUGUAUAUCACGUUAAAUACAUGCAUAUUAUCUAAAAAAACCAUUUUACCUAUAUAGUCUCAAAUAUAAUACACUUGACCGUACAGUGGACUGCUCAAAAUAAUGGAAUGGAUGCUUAAUAUUGAUGGAGUGGAUUGGAGAUUGGUGGGGUGGAAAAGAAGAUUUGGCACCUUCUUGGUGAUCUUCCUUCAGCUUGGCUGGUUUCUUGAGUUAAAUAGAUGUCAGAGUAGAAGUGACGUAGACAUGGAAGGGAGCAGAAAUGGAAUAGAUGGUUUGGUAGGACUGCAUGACUGCAUGAACCAACCACAAGCAUAGGAAAGAGAAUUUUCUCACCAUUGUCACAAUGUUCCAGUUGACCUAUAAAUAGAUCCUCUACUUUUCUUUACAAAGCAGAGGCAAUGCCCUACCGAAGUUGAAUGUACAGUCCAUAGGCCUCCGACUUAAGCAAUUUGCAUCACAAAAAGCUCCAAGAAUACACCUGUAAAUUGUAAUCUUCUCAGAAGUCCAACAGCUCCUUAACAGAGUUCGACCCCCCUCCAUCUCCAAAUGAAUUCGAAAACCAACCAUUUAAGCACUGCUCAUUUUUAAAUAUCUGUUUGUGGAAGUCAGAAUCGAAACAAAUAUACAAUCUUGUCUGCGUCAGUUGAUAAACUAUGCAUGAUACAAUUGAAAUCAGGGUUAUGGUUCCAGUUGCCUGUCUGCAGUAUGACAAGACCAGCAGAACAAGUACUGCACGUUCAUACAACAUUAACAGCUCCAAAAUUAUUCUUCAAGAGCAGAAUCCGACAAUUAGCGGCUGUAGUAAUUCCAUGGUGAAAUAGUUGAGGCGUACGGCGGGAUACAACACUAUUUUGCAGGAUAUUCUGCAGCAUUAUCCACUUAACUGCUUUGCAACAGAGGGAUCUUCUGCAGCCCCCACUGCCUCCGUAUCAGGCUUCU